AGUUCAGUUCUUUAUGCAGAGCAGUCUCAUCAUCUCAUUUUUCUUCGAUCAAAGGUCAGUCAGAGAAAAAUGAAGGCAAUUGUGAUAACAACGCCCGGAGGGCCGGAGGUGCUGCAACUGCAAGAAGUAGAAGACCCACAAGUAAAAGACGGUGAGGUCCUCAUUAACGUGGAGGCCACCGCUCUAAACCGGGCCGAUACUCUACAGAGAAAGGGCUCGUAUCCACCCCCCAAGGGGGCCAGCCCCUACCUGGGUCUAGAAUGUUCCGGCACCGUCGUCGCCGUCGGGAAGAACGUUUCUCGUUGGAAAGUAGGUGAUCAGGUAGGUACUGCUCUCAUUUCAGAGAAAUUUGAUUCUGUGUGUGCUCUUCUCAGUGGAGGAGGCUAUGCUGAGAAAGUUGCAGUUCCUGCUGCACAAGUUCUUCCCAUACCUCCUGGUAUUGCUCUAAAGGAUGCUGCCGGUCUACCUGAGGUGGUUUGCACUGUUUGGUCUACUGCUUUCAUGAUGAGUCGUCUAUCUGCUGGAGAGACAUUCUUGAUUCAUGGGGGUUCGAGUGGAAUUGGUACAUUUGCAAUACAGAUAGCGAAGGAAAAAGGAGCAAAAGUGUUUGUCACUGCAGGAAGUGAAGAAAAACUGGCUUUUUGCAAGAACCUUGGAGCUGAUGUGUGCAUCAAUUACAAGACAGAGGACUUUGUAACACGUGUUAAGGAAGAGACUGGAGGCAAAGGUGUUGAUGUAAUUCUGGAUUGUGUUGGAGCAGCCUACCUUCACCGAAACCUGGACAGUUUAAAUUUUGAUGGAAGGCUCUGUAUUAUUGGCUUGCAGAGUGGAGCAGUCACAGAAAUAAAACUUAAUACUUUGUUUCCUAAGCGCCUCACUGUGCAAGGGGCUGGCCUGCGAGUAAGAGAUCCAGAAAACAAAGCAAUGGUUGUUGGUGAAGUGGAGAAGAAUGUUUGGCCCGCAAUUGCAGCUGGCAAGGUGAAACCUGUCAUCUUCAAGUCUUUUCCCUUAUCUGAAGCAGCUAAGGCUCACCAGCUCAUGGAAAGUAACGACCAUGUUGGCAAGAUACUACUCAUUCCAUGAUGCCAGAGAGAUUCUGAAGGGAGGUAAUGGGGAUAAGCAUUUAGAACUUCUUAUUGAAAAGUAAAUAAAAAUGGUACAAAAAAGAUGACUUGUUCUUCUAAGUAUGUCUUAAUCUUUCAAUUCAAAAAAAAAAAAGUGUGUGUUUCAACAUCUAGUUUGGAGCCUGGUUUUUAUUUCAUACUGGACCGGCAUUCAAAUUACCCUGUACGAAGUUGCAAACAUAAAUCUGAACUGGUUUUUCCUCCUUAUCUAUUUUUGUCU